AUGCUGCCCAAGUCACUUUACUCCAGCUACGAGCAGUACAAGACGGACUCCGAUUACGUCGCAAACUGGCUUGCCACUACCGCUCGAACGUGUGGAUACGUUGACCACGAGGCUCCUUCAACAGCUACUGCGAAGACGAGUACAAGGCUCAAAGGAAAAGCACGCAAACAGGCUCGCGAAGCUACUUCAACGCCGACGGCAACGAGCAGUACACAGCAGCGCAAGCACUGCGUCAAGAUCAAGGAUUUUGCGCGACUGGCAAAGGUCAUUGCCGACAGCACUGAGCCGCGAGUGAAGGUGCCCAAAGCCUUUACAUAUCGAUUGCGACGGGCUAUCAAUCAGCGCAAGUUCCUUCGAACGUGGUACAGCGCACAAGGACAGGCAACACGAAGCGCUGACAUUCAUGAUGGCCAUGAGCAUUUCAUUGGCGUUCUAGAGCAGGUCGCAAAACUCCUCAGACCGAAUGAAGCGCCGAGCACCGAGGCAGAAGCUGGCACGGACGACACGAGCACCAGUUUUGCGAACAUGUUCGAGGGCCUCCAUAUUGAAGAGCCGGUCGACAACAGCAAGGAUGAGCAGAGCGACAGCAUGCCUGAUGUCGCAGGCGAAGGAGAGUUCACAAGUGAGCUCGGCACGAACAAAGACGAGGCAUUGACGGCGUUGAUGUGGCUGUAUAUUGAUGUCCACAGAAUCAGGAAGCUCAUACAGGGGCUGUGGAGAUUAUAUCGACAAGGAGAUGUAGAUCUAGCGGCUGUGUCCAUCACAACCAACACUGCCAUCGACUUCGUUCGAAGUCUCGAGGAUGAUUUCGCUACUGCCUUUACAGACUCUGGCCGUGACUCUUUAUGUGGACGACUUUGUCUGUACUGCGCAUACCAACAGGAUCCGGACAACGUAGGCGUCACACCCGACUUCCCCUACGAACCCUGUCUUCUGUUCGUCCAGAAGAUCACCGCAACCCUGCUGCGCGACUUUGUCAAAGACCCUUCCGACUACGUUCCUGGCGUGUCGCCUCAGUACACCGAGCUUUAUGAUCCCCAUGCGGACUGGGCGACAAUGGCAACAAAGGAGCGAAUUUUUCAUCAUUUCAAGAUGGCGAUGGGGGUGAUACCGGAGUUUCUUGUUCUGGAAAGGGGCUCUAAGUCGGUAGAAGCAGAACACGGCAUUGUGCGAGGCCUGCGUGACCUAAAGCAGCGAAAGUCUCCGCUCCUCUGGCUGGACUUUGCAUUGCAGGUCUUUCUGGAUGCUCGCCAUAUUCUGCGAGAGCACGUGGAUCUGGCAUUUGCCGAUCUGUGUCAGGGUGCGGAAAGCAUCGUGGGGGACAUUGAAGAGGUGCUGGAUUUUCAUGCGGACGUCAAAGUCAAAGAUAGGCCGAUGCAGAACGACGACAGCCUAAGGCAGGUGCUGGACCUUAUCGCCAGGUGGACUAAAGAAGACUCAGUUGAAUCCAUAAGGAAAGACUUGCUAAAAGAUGAGUCUGCGUACGACCACCUUGAACCGUUUUACCUCCUGCGGCGAGACCCUCUAUGGUGUGGCCUUCUUCUCUACAAGUUCAGGCUCGUUGCCUACGAAGGGGCGAUUGUGACAGCCAACUCAUGGUUCUCCAUACUCUCUGGGGCUCACUUCUAUAACCUUCUACGACAGACGGGUCCACUCCGUCGUGAAUGGACAGACAUGGAGACUGCUUUGAAAGCCCAAUCAUCGGCGAAAUUAUUCAUUGGCGACCCGCCAAGCUCUCCAACAGAUUGCACGAUACGCUUUCUCAUGGCAUUGGGACUAUCUCCAACAGCCCUUGCCCGCAACCGGCGGAACUCUGACAUACGCCUCAACCAAGACAAAGCCAAGAAGCUGAAGACACAGAGUCCCGUCUACUGGAUCUUCAAGCAUUGCUACUGUGACAACAGCGGCCGUGUCGAUUUUCAGCCCAGUGACUUCGAAAAGAUCCUGCAAAAGACCAGCAAAUCCAAAGACGAGACCGCUGCAGUGGUGAAACCCAACGACGGAAUCGACAUGUGCCAUCUACUUCUCCGUCUCUGCAGUGCACUUCAUCUCGAAACGAAGGAGGUCACUUUCAACUACUUCGACUUGCACAUCCAAUGCUGGAAACUCUUUCGUCGCCUCAGGGACAGUCUAGGCGAUAGAUUCCCGGACUGGUCUUCUUAUCCGCACGGAGAAGAGCAUCUACCCACUUUGCCGUAUUUUCUGAUGUCUGAACUGGUGAUGCCUUCGACAGGGAAUAAGAGUGCUCUGCGGGGGCUUGUUGAUGAGGCUGGCCGGAUUGUCGAUGAUGUCGUGGUUUCUGAGGGUGAUCGUGCGAGUCGAAGGCAGGCCUGGUUGUUGGGUCGUUCUGUUAUUGUGAGGCAGAUGGCAGGUCGAGGGACUUUGUAA